AUGGGUCUCUUGGAGUCGUCCGCGGCGGAGCCCCCGGCGGGCUACUCUGUAUACACCGACUUAUUGACCUUCGCAUUUCAAGGUCCGAUCCAUUACGACCAACAGAGUCCAUUGUUUAUUGAAGCCGAAGACCCCUCGCGUUCGCUAAACGCCAGUCAGUUCAAAUUGCUGGUGCGAACCUUGAUUGCCGGUUUAAAAGCACAUCAUGUGCAGCGUGGCGAUUGUGUGUUGGUCCAUUUGGGCAAUAAUAUCAUAUACCCCGCCCUCUUUUUCAGCAUUAUCGGCGCCGGAGGCAUCUUCAUGGGCUCGAAUGUUCGCAGCCAGCCCCAUGAAUUAGACCAUAUCCUGCAAUUGGCCGAGCCCAAGUUGAUCAUCACCUCGCGCGAGGCACUGCCAACUGUCCUCAAUGUCUCCUCCAGCCGAGGCAUGCUCCCCAGCCAGAUUUGCCUGCUGGAUGAGUCGGCACCGGAUCACAUCGGGCACCUCGUCUUGGCGGGGCACUUAGCCUAUGCUGCAGCCAGCGCCCCGUACGUGUUGGGCAGUGAGGAUGGCUGCUAUCUGAACUUCGCCCACCUGCUGGGCUAUGGGGAGAAUGAUUGGAUCUCGUUCCAGGACGAAGCCAUUGCGAAGUCGACGCCGGCUGCCAUGUUCUCCACCAGCGGGACUGGGGGACUGCCUAAGGCGGCGUUGCUGUCGCAUCAUGCCAUUGUGUCGCAUCAUCUCAGCAUCCACUACGAGACCCCCUACGAGGUGAGCCGGCUGAUGUCACUGCCUAUGUUCCAUCUCUUUGGAGCGCUCUGGACGCACAUCUUCCCCAUCCGAUGUGGCCAGCCGCUGUUCGUACUGCCCCGCUUUGAAAUCACGCAUUUUGUGGCGGCGGUGUACAGGUACCAAAUCACUGAGACCUACAUGGUCCCGGCCAUGGUGCACGCCUUCAAUCGUACCCCGCUACCGGUGGCGGACUAUCUGUGCUCGCUGCGCUACGUGGGGGUGGCCGGAGCGCCCAUUGACGCGGGAUCCAUGCAACGGUUUCAGGAGCGACUCCAUGGCGAGGCCCAAGCCUCUCAGCUCUGGGGGAUGACCGAGGUAGGCGUGGCCUUCCAGAACCGAUACGGCGCACCGGGCAAUGCGGGAAGUAUCGGGCCAGUCCUACCGGGAUAUGAGGUGCAGCUCGUGGGCGGCGACGGCCGCCUGGUAUGGGAGCCAAAUAUGCCCGGUGAGCUCUAUAUCCGUGGCGCCGGGCUGCUCAUUGGGUACAAGGGAUGCAACGAAACCACGGAUGCACAAGGAUGGUUUCGGACCGGAGAUGUGGCCUAUGCGAACCAGGGGGAGUAUUAUAUUGUUGGGAGAACGAAGGAAUUAAUCAAAGUGCGCGGGUGGCAAGUUCCCCCGGCCGAACUGGAGGCGGUGCUACUGAAACACCCCGGAAUCGAAGACGCAGCGGUGACGGGGGUGAGUUCUCGAGAUGGCAGCACCGAAGUACCCCGAGCGUUUGUGGUGCGUACUAAGGGCUCGACGCCGUCGACGACUCGGUUGACAGCGGACGAAGUUUAUCAGUACGCGCGACGUCAAUUGGCCAGCUACAAGGCACUGGAUGGGGGGAUCAUCUUCGUGGAAGAAAUUCCACGCACGGCGAGCGGGAAGAUUCAACGGUUCAAGCUGUCGCAGAUGAACACGUACCGAGAGAUCGUGACAUCCCUGCUGGCGCGGUUCAAGAGCGCUAGUCUUCAGACGGUUGGGCUGAUGCAUUCCGAGCACAUUCCAGCCUAG